UUCAGUUCCACGGAGUGGUAGAACAGGCGUGAACCCCCUCCCACCCUCUCCAGUUCCUAUAAACAUUCAAUUGCACAGACGGACAGAAGACGAACUAUCCCGGCAGACUAUCCCUAGUGGCCGUUUCGACCGGUGACCGACACCAGGAGCGUGGGUUCAGGCUUCGUACAAAGGUACUAGCAAAGAACCGUCGUAUAGUUUCAUUGAAGACACAGCUUCUUUCUACCUUAAAGUGACUUUCCCGGGAGGCAGUACCAGCAGCCAUGGCAACAAUCGUCAUGGAGAGGCUUGGGCACCUGUUCAUUAAUCUGCAGCAGGUCCGGCAGGUGGCGCAGGUGCUGAGGGAGGCUGUGCCCUCCAUACCGGGCACCCUGAGGGCCAGCGAAGUGCCCGCCUUCUUCAGGGAGCCCUACAUCCACAGCGGGUACCGAGCCCCGGAUCUGGCCUGGCGCUACUACUUCCUGUCUCUGUUCCAGAGGCACAACGAGACGGUGAACGUCUGGACACACCUGCUGGGGGCGCUGCUCAUCCUCGCCACGUCCCUGCGGCUGGCCGAGACAGUCGACUUUGCCGGCGACGCCCACGCCUGGCCCCUCCUCCUCCUGUUAGGCUCCGGCUUCACCUACAUGCUGUUCAGCGUGGCGGCGCACCUGCUGUCGGCCCGGUCGCCGCUGCACCACCACGCGCUCUACUUCCUGGACUACGCGGGCGUGGCCCUGUACCAGUACGCCAGCGCGGCGGUGCACUUCCACUACGCCGCCGAGCCCGGCUGGCGCGGGGGGGCACAGUGGGCCUCCCUGGCGCUGGCGGCGCUGCUGUCCUUGGUCUUCUGCCUGGGGGGCUGCUGCACCAAGCUGGGGGGCCCCUUGUGGGCGCGGGGGGUCUGGCAGUUGCUCCCGUGUGCCCUAGCCUACGCCUGGGACUCCGCCCCCAUCUUCCACCGGCUCUCCACCUGCCUGCCCACCUGUGCGGACGACGAGGCCGGGCGCUACCACGGCGCGCAGGUGGCCUUGUUCCUGCUCAGCGCAGUCUUCUUCACCUGGCCCGUGCCGGAGCGCUGGUUUCCUGGCCGCUGCGACCUCCUGCCGCAGGGCCACCAGGUGUUCCAUGUGCUGGUGGUGCUCUGCACCUUCAGCCAGAUCCGGGCGUCUCACCUGGACUACCUGCAGCGCAGAGCGCUGUACGCCCCCGCCGGCCCGCAGGCCCCCCGCCUGCUCCUCGGCCUGUUCGCCGCUCUCGCCCUCUCCUGCGCCAUCACCACCAUCCUCAUGACCCGCCGAGCGCAGCACCUGAUUGGACAGAAACACAAAGGUUCAUGAUAGUGUGAGGCUCCAUGAACAUGGUCUAUGUGUGCGUGGUCUAUGUGGGUGUGGUUUCUGGGUGUGGUCUAUGUGGGUGUGGUCUGUGUGAGCAUGGUCUAUGUGGGUGUGAUCUCUCUGGGUGUGGUUUGUGUGGGUGUGGUCCCUGUGGGUGUGGUCUGUGUGGACGUGCUCUGUGUGGUUCUGGUCUGUAUGGGCUUUCACGCCUGUAGACCCUGAGCAUGAUCAGCAAAGCUAGUUACUUCCUAAAGCAUUUGAAUCUUAAGAAAUAAAAAUGCUGUUCUGAAUGUUAGCGUACACAGAUGUUUUUUUAAUUGUUCAAUACUUUGCAAUCAUUUUCCCGGUGUCUAAAUGAAUAAAGACUUUAAAAUAAAGCAACUUAACUUA